UCACUACACUGCCUUCCCUCAAUCAAUGAUGGUGAUCAGGGGUAUGGAAUGGUACAUUUCUAGUGACAAAGUACUAAUUACAACAAAAAAUCAAAUUUGGAUAAAGUUAAAUGGCAAGCUAACAUUAGGAAAGUAGGUUAUGGACUUCCGAAGCAGCAAAAGACUGAUAAAGUUGUUAUAUGCAAACAGCCCAGGCAAAAAGUAAGCAUGCAGCAUACGCCCGAAUACACCUCUGAUGGAGUCAGAUUUCAGUGAGCUAACUGCAGGCUGUUUGGCCAUUUGAGUCCAUUUGGUUGGAUCAUGCACCCACUGAUAUGAAAGAUAAAUGUGAAUCAGGCAAUUUUGUUAAAUUAGAAUGGAAUAUUUUCUGAAUGUGAUUACAGUAAUGCAAAAAUAUUCAUUUGAAAAUCAGUUUAAAAACAAUUAUCCUAAUUAAUUAAUGGAGGAAAAUACUAUAUUUUUCAAUAUAACAAUUAUUUGACACAUUAAUUGUUUUUGCAUCUGACAGGGCUGACCCAUUGAGUGACAGGCAAGGAUAAACAAACAUUUCUUAGAAAAUGAAAGAAGCAAGAUUUCACCCAGACAUACAAAGGUGAAUACCUCUGAACAAGUUGAAUAGAUUGAUCAAAAAAACAAAACAAAACAAAAAAAUCCAUAAAAAAACUUUUCUUCCUGCCCCUAAACGUGACUGAAAAAGAUUCACAGGAUAUUCAAAUAGCCUACGUUAAUUCAAGAAUUGACGUUCUUGUGAACUGCAGUGUUUCACUGCUAGGGUGUGUACUUUCCGCGCCUGACUGGACAACUGCGCAUCAUUUCAGAUCUAAGCAGCAGGAGCGGAGGGAAAAUGAGCUAGUGGAGUAUGAGGAGCAAUUUAUUGCGAAGCGAAAAGAUAAAACUGAUAUUAGAGAAAUAAAAUAUUUACAAAAUCAGUGAUUAUAGAUUACUAUAGAUCAAUGGAUUGAUGUACUUUAUGACAUCUUACACAGGCGUCGUAAACAAACGUGAAAAGAAACAAGUGGAGAACAAACAGUGACAUCUGUGUGUGUGUAGGUAGAUCAUGGUGAAGGAAAGAUACACUUGGUGGUUUUUGGAUCCGAAGGACAGCCUUUUACACAUCAAUGUGGGUGGGUUGAGGCACACUUUAUGUUCAAGCAUUCUGAAGAAGUUUCCGGACACGCGUCUUGGCCAGCUCUUGUCAUGUGACUCAGAAGAGGACAUUCUACAGCUCUGUGAUGAUUUUGAUGUUCAACAGAAAGAGUUUUACUUCGACCGUAACCCUGGCCUUUUCCCUUAUGUCAUGCACUUCUACCAGACUGGCAAACUGCACAUUAUGGAAGAGCUGUGCAUUUUCUCCUUCUCUCAGGAAAUAGAGUACUGGGGCAUCAGUGAUUUUUUUCUGGACAGCUGCUGUAGUUACCGUUACCUUGAUCGUAAACUGGAGAGACAUCAUAAAUCGUGGGAUGAAGAGAGUGAUGUUAGCAGUGUGGAUACGUCGGUUGAUGAGAUUUCUGAUUUGAACAAAGAUAUCGAGCACUUUGAUGAAAUGCGUUUUGGAAACAUUCGAAAGUGUCUGUGGCUAACAUUGGAAAAUCCAGGUUAUUCAAUUCCUAGCAAACUUUUCAGCUUGCUUUCCAUUUGUGUGGUGAUAAUAUCAAUUGCCACCAUGUGUAUCAAUAGCAUUCCAGAGUACCAGAUAUUUGAUGAAAAUGGUAAUCCAACUGAAGACCCAACUAUGCAUGUUUUAGAAUUGUUCUGCAUUUGCUGGUUUACCUUUGAGGUAGUAACACGUAUGCUACUUGCACCAAACCAUCGUAAGUUCUUCUUGCUACCACUAAACCUGAUUGAUAUCAUCUCAGUGAUGCCAAUUUACAUCACUGUCUUUUUUGAUCUGCUCAUUGGGAGUGAGUCAGAGCUGGACAACUUGGGAAAACUGGUCCAGGUGUUGCGGCUGAUGAGAAUCUUCAGGGUGCUAAAGUUGGCUAGGCAUUCAACAGGGUUAAGGUCACUAGGUGCUACACUCAAGCACAGCUACAGAGAGGUUGGAAUCUUAUUACUGUACCUGGCAGUCGGUGUAUCAGUGUUCUCUGGAGUGGCUUACACUGCAGAAUAUGAAGAAGAUGUUGGUUUGGACACAAUCCCAGCAUGCUGGUGGUGGGGGACUGUUAGUAUGACAACAGUGGGAUAUGGAGAUGUAGUGCCAGUGACAGUGGCAGGAAAGCUUGCAGCAUCUGGCUGCAUCCUAAGCGGUACAUUAGUUGUGGCACUACCCAUCACCAUCAUUUUCAACAAGUUUUCACAUUUUUACCGCAAACAAAAAGCUCUCGAGGCUUCAGUUCGAAACAGCAACAACAAGAGGAUUAUAAUAAGACAACAGAGUAAUAGUGAAGACAGCGCAAUACAUGGUCAUAACCACUGUUUGGAGGAUGAAGAGAAGGAUGAAGAUGUGAAUUAUGAGAGAGGAGUUGUCAACUUUUGCUAUGAAGACCAUCCACUAACGUAUAGAUUCUGAUGUCUCCACUAUGCAAGAAAAGGAAUAUUAUACCAAUAUCAAACAUCAUAUCCUGGCUAAAAAUAGAGUAGGGGGACAAAUUGAAGGAAAAUCUGUAUGAACCAUUGGUUCCACUAUGCUGCGGGGGGCAUUUUGCUGCUAUGGUUUGGGUCCACUAACUCCCUUUGAGGGAAGAGUGUCUCUAAACCAGAAUGAUGCAUUAUUUUAAGACCAGUCCUUCUGAGGCUUUUAGUCUAGAGUUAUCCUCAGCAUUAAACAACAAAAUGAGACAGUCUAGUAAGUUGGCAUGGCUUCCCUGCGGUCACAGCAUGAAAAUACAAUGACAAAUUAAUUUUGUGGAAAAACUAUAUUGACAGUCUUUAUAUUAUCUAACUUUGUUUUAAUGCAACACAGGGAACAACAACUGUCAGUGUUUUUUUUUUUUUAAUUGGAAUGUAAGCAAUAAUUUUGAAGUCAAGUCACAUUAAUAUUAUAUUUAUAUAAUGCUUUAAUCAGUACAAAUAAUUUCAAAGCAGCUUCACAGUAAUA